AUGCGCCAUGGCACGCCCUCGCAGAUUGCGCGUAUUAUAACCGCCCCUGCGCUGUCCUGUCAUGGGAAAUAACCGGUCGCACUGACCGUACAAGACAGGCGACAAUGGCCGGGAAAGAAACAGCUGGACCCCGCUUAACGACGUCGAGUGGCAGUUGCAACGUGGACCUGGGUACAAGCAGUGCAGCCACUGAUCUAAACCAUGGCAGGUGCACGAGUUCACCGUGGCACGCCCUCCAAGAUUGCGUGAAAUUUGACAUCGGCUGCACUUCCGAGCCCUGGGAAAUAACCGGCUGUACUGCACGUACGGGAAGGGUGACUAUGGCCGGGAAAGAAACAGCUCGACCCUACUUGACGAUGUCGGGCGGAAGCUUCAACGUCGGCCAGGGUACGAGCAGUGCAGCCUCUGAUCUGGACUUUGGCAGGAAUUCACCACCUCCACCGUCCGUAGGGGACGAGGCGACUGUGGCCCAGAAAGAAACGGCUCGACCAUACUUUACGAUGUCGAGCGGCCACUGCCACUUGGCCCAGGGUACAAGCAGUGCACCCUCUGAUCUGGACGAAAGCAGGAACCCAGAAGGCGCCUGGGAACUGCCGCUGGGACAACAUGGGAACCAGGCUGCUAACACAACCCUCGUAUGCUUUCAGUGCCGCAUUACUUUCGCUUACGAGGAAGAUUUUCAUGAUCAUAUGAUCAACCACUUGACGGGUAGGAUCCCUGAAGGUGCCAGGGAACUGCCGCUGGGCCAACAAGAGAACCUGGCUGCUGACGCCAACCUCGUGUGCUUUAAGUGCGGGAUUGCUUUCAAUUUCUCGGAAGCCUUCCAAGAUCACAUGACCAACCACAUGAUCGGGAUGCCAGCCGGUACACAGCAAGCCGAAGCGGAGUGCGAGGGGCACUACGCCGGCAGCUCGUCAAACACGUGUCGUGCGUGUGGGAAGGUUUUCACCGAGAAGUGGAGCCUGCAGAGACACCUGCUCACGCACACGGGAAGGGUGACUAUGGCCGGGAAAGAAACAGCUCGACCCUACUUGACGAUGUCGGGUGGCAGCUGCAAUGUGGACCAGGGUACAAGCAGUGCAGCCUCUGAUCUGGACAAUAGCGGGAAGUCACCGCCUCCAUGGUCCGUACGGGACGAGGCGACUGUGGCCCGGAAAGGAACAGCUCGACCCUACUUUACGAUGUCGAGCGGCCACUACAACUUGGCCCCGGGUACAAGCAGUGCACCCCCUUAUUUGGACGGAAGCCGAGUUCCCGAAGAAACCGGAGAAGCAGCGUGGCAGCAGCGAGAGAACCCGGCUGCCAACAGAGUCCAUAAGUGUGACGUGUGUCAGUUCGGUUUCACCGACGCGGAGGCCCUGGAAGAGCACGUCUUUGACCACUGGCUUGGGAAAAACCACAACUGCUCCAAGUGUGGUAAACUGUUUGCGCACAAUUACCACCUCACGAGGCAUUUAGGUACGCACGGCGAACCGUCCUUUGAGUGCGGCGUGUGCGGCAAGAAAUAUCAUACCAAAGGUGCCUGCAGGAAGCACAUGCGUUCAUGCCGCGUAGAGGCACAGGACCGAGAAGCCGUCGAAGGGUCUCCUCCUUAACAAGGCAGCACCCGCCACGAAAGUGGUCGAGCACGCCGUCAAGCACUGUCGCCCCUGACGGUGGCAUCGGCAUCGGUGCGGGCGGAAGUUCGCCCGGGAGGAGUGACUUCCCUGGAUGUCACCCUGCCGCCAAGACGUGUCGUGUGCCUUGGUAGAAGAACUUGCCGUCUGGGCCUCAGCUAUUUUAGCUGUGCGCUAACUUCAUGACAAACAAAAUUGGGCUAAUUUUAUUCCUUGUGACUACGGCUGAAGAAUGGCUGCGAAUAAAGUUCUUACAGUGGUUAUUUCGAA